AUGGUGAACGCGAUGGAGCCCCUGCUAUCCUAUUCCAACCCGCGAACACCUCACCAAGGUUUGCAUUCCCAGGCUGUACGCUCAGACAAGGGCACACGUCAAAGCCUCCCUGGCCAGCGCGGAGAGAGUUGCCCUGACGUGCGACGGCUGGACCUCGCGCACAACUGCGUCACCAUCACGGCCCACUUUAUCAACGAGGAAUGGGAGCUUGUUACGUAUGUUUUACUAACCAGGGACAUGCCCGAGAGCCACACCGGACACAACCUGGCAGAACAUCUGAGAAAGGCCCUUGCUGAGUGGGGAAUCACAGAAAAGGAUCCAUCUCCUCGGGUUCCGUCUGAUCAACUAGGUUCGGGUAAGGAGAUUGGCAGUAGCACUGAAACACGAGAGCAAUUGAUCCUCCAGCCCACUUUAUUUAUUGUCUUCCAGGGUCCUCCAAGGAGAAAACAGUUCUUUAAGUUCCUUUGGUUACUAAAUCUGGCUGCACAACGUCCCCUCAAAAUCACAGCAGUCGCACACCUGCUGGGAAGGGUGAGACGCAUUGUGAAUUUCUUCAGACGGAGCACCACAGCCAACCACAUGCUGAAUGAGAAACAGAGGCUUCUACGACUACCAGAGCACAAGCUGAUGAUGGAUGUGGUUACCAGGUGGAAUAGUGCGCAUGACAUGUUGGAAAGAUUCCUGGAGCAACAACCGGCCAUCUGCGCAGCCCUGCUCUCGAGUGAAGUCAGGAAGACCGAGAAGGAUCUGUGCACACUGACUGAGUCAGAUGUGACAACAGUUGAAGAAGUAGUCAGCAUGCUGAAGCCCAUGAAGGAGGCUACACAGUACAUGUCCAAGGAGAACACCCCCACACUGUCAGUCGUCGCACCCCUCCAGGACACACUGAUCAACGGACUGAAACCGAUCGAAGGUGAAUCUGCAGUCAUAAAAGAGAUGAAGGCUGCCAUGGCUGGGGAUCUUCAGAAGAGGUGCAUUGACCUCAAGGCAACUCUCCAUGCAUGUUCAGUGAUGGAUCCAAGAUUCAAAAGUUUUCCCUUCCUGACUGAAAAUGAAAGACAGGAAGUUUAUGAUGGACUGAUUGUAGAGGCUGCAAGACUGAGCAUGCAGCCAUCAGAGUCACUUUGGAGUGUGGAUGAAGAGGGGACAGUAAAUGCUCGUGCUGAUGAUGAGGGGAUGGCAUCUAAAGAAGACUAA